UCAAAAGAAUAGGACGGAGAGAGGGGAGGGAGAGUUUGUGAGGGAGAGCGAGUGAGAGAGAAGAGCAACGAGAGAGGGAGAGAGAAAGGAGUAGAGAAGGAAGAGUGUGCGCGCUUGAGAUAGAGGGACAGACGAGAGAGAGAGAGAGAGAGAGAGAGAGAGAGAGAGAGAGAGAGAGAGAGAGAGAGAGAGAGAGAGAGAGAGCAGUCGGGCCCAUUGAAGAAAGAUGGCUACAGUCACUGCGAACGGAGUGCAGCAAGAGAAUGGAUUCAGCACCACGAACAGCGCCGGCAGGAUGAACGGGCUAACAAUCGGACAGAACACCAUUCCCAUGAAGGACCACGACGCCAUCAAACUGUUUAUCGGACAAAUACCGAGAAACCUCGAGGAGAAAGAUCUGAAACCCUUGUUUGAGGAAUUCGGGAAGAUAUACGAACUCACCGUGUUGAAAGACCGGUUUACUGGAAUGCAUAAAGGAUGUGCCUUUCUAACAUACUGUGCCAGAGAAUCAGCACUGAAGGCCCAGAGUGCACUGCACGAACAGAAGACUCUGCCAGGGAUGAACCGGCCUAUCCAGGUGAAGCCAGCAGACAGCGAAGGACGAGGAGAAGACAGGAAGCUGUUUGUGGGCAUGCUGGGAAAGCAGCAGAGCGAGGAGGACGUGCGGCGGCUGUUCGAGGCCUUCGGCCAGAUCGAGGAGUGCACCAUCCUGAGAGGGCCUGAUGGGGCCAGUAAGGGCUGCGCCUUCGUCAAGUUCUCCAGCCACGCGGAGGCACAGGCAGCCAUCAACACCCUGCACGGCGGACAGACCAUGCCGGGGGCCUCGUCAAGCCUGGUGGUGAAGUUUGCGGACACGGACAAAGAGAGGACCCUCCGCAGGAUGCAUCAGAUGGCCGGCCAGCUCGGGAUCUUCAGCCCCAUGACCAUCCAGUUCGGAGCCUACGGAGCUUACACGCACGCUCAAAUGAUGCAACAGCAGGCAGCCAUCAUGGCCGCUACCCAGGGCUCCUACCUGAACCCCAUGGCCGCGAUCGCUGCCGCUCAGAUGCAGCACAUGGCGGCUUUCAACGUCAACGGCCUCGUGGCCACACCCAUGACUCCCUCCUCAGGCACCAGCACACCCCCGGGCAUCGGAGGCGCGGCCGUGCCGAGCAUAGCGGCUCCCAUCGGGGUCAACGGCUUCAGCACCCUGCCGCCCCAGAGCAACGGCCCACCCACCUCCGAGCCCAUCUACACCAACGGGAUUCACCCCUACCCAGCACAAAGCCCUACAGUUGCAGACCCUCUGCAGCAGGCCUACGCUGGGGUGCAGCAUUAUGCAGCCUACCCUGCUGCCUAUGCGCCAAUCAGCCAAGCGUUUCCGCAGCAACCAGCCAUCAUUCCCCAGCAACAGAGAGAAGGGCCAGAAGGCUGCAACCUGUUUAUUUACCACCUCCCCCAGGAGUUUGGAGACGCCGAGCUCAUGCAAAUGUUUCUGCCUUUCGGCAACGUCAUCUCUGCCAAAGUGUUUGUGGACCGGGCGACCAAUCAGAGCAAAUGUUUUGGCUUUGUCAGUUUUGACAACCCCUCCAGCGCUCAGGCCGCCAUCCAGGCCAUGAAUGGCUUCCAGAUCGGCAUGAAGAGGCUGAAGGUGCAGCUCAAGCGGCCAAAGGACGCCAACCGACCUUACUGACCCUUCUGCCAUCCGUGCCAGGAUGAAGGACCUCGAAAAAUAUUUCCACAAGUGCAGUAUAAGUAAAAAGACUUUGUGCUCUGCUACAUAUCAUUGAGGAAGGGCGGUGGCUUGAUUAAUCGGGGAAGAAACCGAAAGAUUCGGCAACCGAGAAAAGGAAGUGAGAUGAGGUUUUUCCCAUGAAACGUGAAUUUUAUUUCCUGCCAAUCUUCCCUGUUUUGCAUUGGCAUUUGAGAAAGAGGAUUUUGCCAAGACCAAGUUUUUGCUGCUGUUACUUUUCUUUUUUUCUUUUCUUUUGGAAACAAAACAGAAAACCUUUAUAGAUACAUUAUGCUCAAAAGCAUGCAUAUGCAUACAGGCAUACGAAAACAAACAUGCGCACACACACACACACACACACCAGUUCAUACACAUACACAAGCACAGACAUGCAGAAAUGCUCACACGUACACAUGCCAGGCCGCUGGCUUUUUAUUUUUGUGCCUACACUGGUGUUUUUGAUAUCUCUGGCUGCACAGCUGACAGGGAGAGCUCUGGAAGACGGCAACAAAGAGGAGAGGAGGAGAAUCCAGGAUUAUUUACCCGCAUCAUUCCUUAGGAAAU